AGGAUGCAAAGAUAGCUUGCUGACGAGAAGCGAGCAAGCCAGGCUCGGGAAAGCGAAGAGAGGACAGGAGGAGCAAGCGUCGGGAGCAAGUUUCUCGAUGGAUCGAACGGCAGAAUGGCUGAAUGCUCUUCGUCAACUGCGGGGAGACAGCAAGCAGGUCAUCACGCCUGGCCUGAUACCGAGGAAGAAGCAGGAGGGAUCGGCUUCUGAAUCCGCGAGGGUGAUCAUGGCGGGGAUAAGGAAGACGCACAACCUGCUGCAAGAAAGCAAGGAAGCGUACUUUGCUGUGCGAGGAGGAAUGGACGAUAGCGACAGGGAUGAACUUGACAGGACGGUCAAGGGGUUCUUGACGGAGAGCAGCAGCGACGUGGACGAGCUGAGGAGGAGGAUGAAAGAGCUGUUGCGCGGGCUGAACACAGACCAGCAGGCACACCAGCAAGGGAUGAUCCUUGUCCUGCUAGAAGGCUAUGAAGCGCUUUCUGAGAAGUUCCGGCAGUUCAAGUCCCACAGGAUGGAGAUGGCCAAGAUGGAGAGCAAGAACGUGAUACUGGGGAGCGCAGCAGUCUCAUCCUCCCGUGGGAUCUGUACGGAUCCUCCUCGAGGAGCGAUCUGCGACUUGGAGUUGACGCCGGAGGAGCAGGAGAUGCUCAAGGAAGAGAACGAGAGACUUCAGGAGGAGCUGGACUCUGAGCUGGAGCAGAUGGUCAGGAUGGAGGGGGAGAUCGCUAAGGUGACGGCAAUGUGCGAAGUUGCAUCGCAGAAGAUCAUGGAGCAGGCGACAGAGAUCGAUGCGCUCUAUGAAAACGUCGUUCAUGCUGUGGAAGACAUCGAUGCGGGUAACAUUCAGCUGCAGAAGGCAAGUGAAGCGACUGUCUUCUCGCGAUUCUUUAUGCUCAUCUUCUUACUGCUUGCUUCUUUCAUCCUCCUCUUCCUACAUUGGUACAUGGACUAG